AGCAAUGAAUUUUCUACUAAAACAAUCGGCUUAUUAUUAUGAGCCAAAUCCAACUCUUUGCUUAACAAUUUUUGGGUUCAUAAGCAUCUUUCUAGUGCUUAAGAUCACAAGAAGAAAUUACAAGCCAAAUAAUAAUAAAAAUCUUCCACCAUCACCACCAAAGCUUCCCUUCAUUGGAAACCUUCAUCAAUUUGGAACACUGCCACACCGAUCCUUCCAUGAACUCUCAAACAAGCAUGGCCCUCUCAUGUUCCUUCAAUUGGGACAAACACCAGCCAUUGUGGUUUCUUCGGCCGAGGUGGCCGAAGAAAUCAUCAAGAAACAUGAUAUUGCUUUCUCCAACAAGCCCCAAACAACAUCUGGAAAAAUCAUUCUCUAUGGAUGCUCCGAUGUCGUUUUCGCACCCUAUGGCGAAGAAUGGAGACAAAAAAGAAAAAUUUGUGUUCUCGAACUUUUAAGCCUCAAAAGAGUGAAGUCUUUUAAAUACAUUCGUGAAGAAGAGAUUAUGGAAUUGGUUGAUACCAUACGUGCAAGGAAAGGAUUUUCUAUAAAUAUUAGUGAGUUGAUAAUUGCAACAUCAAACAACAUAGUGUCAAGAUGUGUUCUUGGACAAAAGUAUGAUAAUCCAGAUGGUAGUGGCAGCUUUGGAGAGCUUGGAAGGAAGAUGAUGAGAGAAUUGGCUGCUUUUAGUGUGGGAGAUUUCUUCCCUUUCUUGGGUUGGCUUGAUUUUCUCACUGGCCAAAUACAAGAAUUCAAGGCCACUUUUCAUGCAUUAGAUGCUUUCUUUGAUAAGGUGAUUGAAGAACAUAGGAGGAAAAUGAUGAAGAAAGAGGAUGUUAAAAAGGGUCAAUUAGACAAGAUGGAUUUUGUUGAUAUACUACUCCAAGUUCAAAAAGAUGGUGUGCAUGACUUUCAACUCACCAAUGAUAAUCUCAAAGCAAUCUUAGUGGACAUGUUUGCUGGAGCGAGUGACACUACUUCAACACUUUUGGAAUGGACAUUAGCAGAACUGAUUAAGAAUCCAAACACCAUGAAGAAAGUUCAAGAAGAAGUAAGAAAAGUUGUUGGGUGCAAAUCAAAAAUAGAUGAAAUUGAUGUUAAUCAAAUGGAGUACCUAAAAUGUGUAAUAAAAGAGACUUUAAGGUUGCAUCCACCAGCUCCUUUCUUAACACCUAGAGAAACCCUAAGUGAUGUGAAGCUAAAAGGGUUUGAUAUUCCAUCAAAAACAAGAGUAUUUAUAAAUGCAUGGGCAAUUCAAAGGGACCCAAAAAUUUGGAAGAACCCUGAAGAGUUCAUUCCUGAAAGAUUUGAGGAAAACCAAGUUGAUUUUCUAAGACAAGAUUUUCAUUAUGUCCCCUUUGGUUUUGGAAGGAGAGGAUGUGCUGGAAUUUCAUUUGCACUUGCUUCUACUGAAGUCAUUCUUGCUAAUCUCCUAUAUUGGUUUAAUUGGAAACUACCUAAUAAUAGUGUAGGUGUGACUAUGAAAGAUAUUGACAUGAGUGAGACUUAUGGGCUCACUGUAACCAAGAAAGUGCCACUAUAUCUUGAACCUACAUUAUACAUUAUACAAUAAGAGAUAAACUUGCCUAGGUAACUAGUUAAUGUGAUGUGAAUGUUAUUAGCAAGUUAAUGAUUGAAAUUAAAGAUUGAUGAAAUAUAUAUGAAGUGUGUUAGUUGGGUGUGCUAGGUUUGGUUUUCUUCUUGUACAAGCAUAUAUAUAAUUGAUGAGAUCAUUUUGAGUAUUAUUUCUGAA